AUGCCUAGGGAUAGUGGGAUCGAUUUUGUGGAUUAUCCGUGGCAGGCUCCGGGACCGAACGAUCUGAGGUCUCCUUGUCCUGGUUUGAACGCCCUCGCCAACCAUGGUGUUCUGCCCAGGAACGGGAGUAACAUCACGAUUCCUGCGUUACUCCAGGCCGCCAACGAUGGAUACAAUGUGCAGCCUGAUGUUAUCUUGCUGGCUGGUAAACUUGCAUUGCUCGUCAGUACCGAAGUGGAUAACUUCUCGCUAGAUGAUCUGAACGCGCACGAAAAUAUCGAGCAUGACGCUUCCGUCUCCCGCUCUGACCACUACUUCGGUGAUAACCACUCAUUUAACGGCACACUCUUCAACCAAACGCUCGCGCAAUCCAAUCCUGGUGUUGACUAUUACAAUGCCACUUCUGCUGGCCUUGUCAUGAAAGCGAGGCUCGAAGAUUCCAUAGCUAGAAACCCGGAUGUGAUCAGUACGAGUAAGGAGUUCAUCCUCAGAACGGGAGAAUCGGGUUUCUACUUGAGUGUCAUGGGUAAUGCGACCACCGGUGUUGCGCCGAAGGAUUACGUCGACAUUUUCUUCCGCGAAGAACGCCUCCCCAUCGCUGAGGGCUGGAAACGCUCCGACGUGCCUAUCACGCUUGCCCUCAUGAGUUCUUGGUCUGGUCACAUCAUGGCCGCCGCGGAAUGGCAAGGUCCUACCCAGGAAGAUUCGUAUUUGGUUAUUUCUCCUGAUGGAUUCAUUCAGACACUUCUGCUUCCUGGGGAUGGGGAUGGACAGAAUGGAUUAAACUAG